ACAGGUGAAAAAUCAAGAACCAUGGUUUUAAAUACUAAUUAAUGUUAAAUACCAUAUACACUGUUACAAAAUCAAAUGCAAACAGAAAAAAAAAAUAAUAAGCUGUCCUAGUCAGUACAUUUGAUAUUUCAGCUAAGGGACCUUUUGUGAAUAAGUUUUUUGAUUGUGAAUAUACAGUUAUUUGUUACUUUACUCAUAACGAAAUUCAGAUGCAGGUUUCAGUACAGUGAAAGCUGUAAAUUACACAAUUUGAUUGCAUGCUUCAGUACAGUUACAGAAUUCAGGCGAGAUUUCAGGACAGUGACCAAUGUGUACUAGAGAAUUCAGGUGCGGUUUCUGUCCAGUGAUCAUUGUUUAUUACAGAAUUCAGUUGCAGGUUUGAGUACAGUGAAGAAUUUUGGGGCAGAUUUCAGUCAAGUGAACAGUGUUUAUUACAGAAUUCAGGUGCAGGUUUCAGUACAUUGAAUACAGUUUAUAUACAGAUUUCAGGUGCAGAUUUCAAAACAGUCUGAGUGUAGUUUAUUUACAGUUUUCAGUGCAAGUUUCAGUACAGUGAACAUUGUAUAUUACAGAAUUCAGCUGCAGGUUUCAGUAUAGUGAACCAGACACCAUUGAACCAGCUAACUGAAGUAUGGUACUGACGCAGAUGACCAGAUGUUAACUUUUGGUGAUUUAACCUAGACAGCUAGUACAGCAUGGUAUCAUCCAAGGUUCUACACUACAUUUGGGAAUACAGUACAUACCAAUGGCUUCUUCUUGUCACCUGUGACACAGCUGGCACCACGAGCAAUAAAGAAUAUCACCAUUCUAAGUGCCAUACAACCCACCACCUCUCUGUCAGCGUCCAAUGGGUCUGCCUUCACCAGUACUGCCUCGAUGAACAACCUACAACUGCUGUACCUCAACAACAACUGCAACCAGUAUUCUCAAUAACAACAUUGCAUGAGAAACCUCAAAAUAUGCACAUCAUCAAACCUAGUCCUAAUGCGUUGUGGUAAGUGUGAUCUCCAGUUUCACAGGAAGCCGCACUGCAUUGGAGAUGAUUUUGCAAGGUCUGAGUUGGACGUUAUAAUUUGCAAAAGAUGGAAUAAUAAUGUGGAGUAAAAUAAGACCAGCACGGAUAACCCAAUGGCAAAUGGAGUUUAUGCAUUUCUGCAGCAUAUGUGAUGUUUCAUGUUUCUACCUCUGCAGUUACUAUAUUUCAGUCCCGAGAUCAUUAAUUUCCUGUUCUAUUUUUUGGCAAUGUUUCAUCAUUGCAGUAGCAUUAGAUACAAAGUGUUUCUUCAUACUGGUACACUCAGCUUUUUAAUAUAGACUUGUUUAGCAUUUGCUCGCACAUGGUAGUGACGUCAUUAAUUUUGAAACAACUUGUAUAAAGGUAUUUAUGUAAUACUGUACAUUUUAACACAUUCCGAAGAAAACACACACAACAACUUUUAUUGUAAAUUUGUUUACAAAUAAUUGGUGACAUUUUAGUAGAAUAACACUAGGCGAUGCACCAUAUCAAAUAUCAAAUGCCUAGAUCUUUCACUUUCAGAUGAAAAGAAUUAUUUCUAGUAUAUAAUUCCAGAUUCGGGGGUAUUUGUCCUCUUCAGUGACAGCUCUAGUUGAUCGUGGAUUAAUUAAUGGACAAGUACUUAAAUUAAACAUGUAGUCAAAAUAUAUAGUUUGUUCAUUUUUGAGCUAAUAAUAUAUGUAACGUAUCAUUUGAUAAAUGUAACGAAAGUUUCAGUUUACUGUAAGUACAGUAUUGGGAAUCGUUUUCUUCAGAAAGGUAUGCUAUGUUAUUUUAAUGAUGAAUUGAACUUUA